UUCAGUAAUGAUGAAGUGCUUGUAUCUUGUGUCUGUCGUGUUUCACAUGGCGGCAGGCUGCGCUCUCUCUGGUGAUAAUCAGAAAGAAAUCACACGACACAGAGGUGAUUCAGUGCUGUUACCCUGCUCCUGCUCUGACCUGAACACCAAACCUCAGAAACUCACCUGGGAGACUGGAAGAACAGGACGUCUGACAGAAGUGUUAAAUGAUGAGCACUACCGUGGCAGAGUUCAGCUGUUUAAUAACAUUUCUCCUGCUAAUCUGUCUCUGUUCAUAUCUGACCUGAGAGUAGAGGAUCAGGGAGACUACAGGUGCAGCACUGAGAAGGAACACAGAGACAUCUGGCUUUAUGUUGAUGGCUGCGAGCUGGUGAAGAAGACAGAGGUAGAGCGUGUGACUGUGUUCACAGGAGAGUCUGUAGUUCUGCCCUGCGUCUGCACUGACAUACAGGACAAACCACAGGAUCUAAAAUGGGAGUUUAUUAGAAACAGUCACAAUCAGGAAAUUUACCAUAAACAGACUGGACAUCACAGAAACAGAGUCAAACUGGUCAGUAACAACUCUCCAGGAAACCUUUCUCUACUUAUAUCAGACCUGACUGAAGAGGACCAGGGAGAAUACACAUGUUCUGUACAGAAUAAUAAAGAAAAAAUCAGACUAUAUGUUAAAGGAAAAAAAGAAACUUCAACACACUCAAGGAAAACAGGUACAACACCUCCAUUAGAACAGCCUCAGAGUAAAACAACACACUCUCCAUCUGCAUCAUCAUCAUCAUCAUCAACAACACUGGAACAAGAUACACAGCAAACACACCUCCUGCCAGUUUUUAUCAUUCUGGGAGUUUUGCUGUUGGUCAUAUCUGGUGUAGUGACAUUUAUUUGUUGGAGAUGCAGAGGAGGAAGAUGUGGAGAGAAUGUGAUUAUUGAAGGACGUCAGGACUGUAAGAGAAAACAGAACGAUCAGACUGUACCGGAUGUCAUGUACUCUACUGUAACUCACAUUAACACAGCCGGAGCAGCACGGGUCCAGAUCAAUGCUGGAGAGGAAACUGAAUAUGCCAGGAUUAUAACAAACUAAUGCACAGUAAAUAUAUAGAAUAAUGCUUAAAACAUACAGUAUAUUAAAUACAUGCCAUGGUGAGCACAUGAUUUACAAUAUUUUCUUUGUUAAUUAUACUUGUUUUUUAAAUCAUAUGUAUGUCUUUUAAUUAUAUUUUAUGUGCUUAUGGAUUGUUGCACAUAAUA